UGACCCAGAUGUAAACAAGAUGGAGAGACUAGUUUCGGUAUUGGAGUCUUAUCGAGGCAAGGACAGGAUCAUUCGGUUAACCGGAUUUGUCGCAACAUUUCUUGCAGGUACAGCGAAGGGAAAGUCUGCCCUCCAUUUUAAAACGAUCGCCACCGAACUUGCAGCAUGUCGAACGGUACUUCGACUGUUCGACGAUACCUCAAUGCUGAUGAGCAAUCUGGUAUACGGGACAGGAUCAAAGGAGCCUGUCACAGCGCUACGUAUCCUGCAACUAAUUGGUAACUUCGUCAACCAACUUUACUACCCAGUGGAACACAUUGCAUGGCUGGGCAGCAAAAAUAUCAUCAACGUUGAGUCCGGCAAAUAUAUGCUGUUUGGACUCAUGAUCUGGGUGACUUCCCUUACCACGGAAAUUACCAAGAGCCUGAUAAAGAUCCGUUUGGCCCAGAUAGAGAUUGGCAGUGUGAAGAAACAGCAAUACCUUGAGGCUUCAGAAGAAAGAAAUGGUGUUACGGAACAGUUCCAGGCGAUGUCCGACCAAUUGAAGGCUUUGAGGGCCAAGUCUAGUGAUGCCUAUCUUCUUCUUUUCCAAAGUAUGUUUGACUUAAUGAAUGCCGUCAACUGGUUGCCUCCAGGAAUAUUAUGGUCUGGUAAACUGUCUACAGCCCAGAGUGGAGUUUGUGGUAUGAUUUCAACUGGUAUAAUGCUUUACCGAGGAUGGCCUGCUGAAAAAGACAAGAAAUCGUGAUCAUAAAAAUGCUUUGAAUUGUCCUUCAUGACGAGGGGAAAUAGAGUCUUGAUUUGCUUAUGUCAAAGAAAGUUUUAAAAUUGUUUCAUGGAAAGUUUAAGAAUUUCUUCUGUCACAGUUGAUUUUAAAAUUGUUUGUGUCAUAUAGGAUGUUUUGAAUUGUAUGUCUUGAAAAGUCUGUGUGAAAGAAAGUCUUGAAAAUAAUCAAUAUUCAAAGUAAAAAAUAAUGUUUGAUACCAUAGUGUAUCUGAUGGUAACAUUUUGCUUCUGUGUCACUGAAAUGUUUCAAACGGCACAUGACAUGUGUUUGUAAAGUGUGAGUUUUGGUACGGACUGAAAUAAAACAUACAGUGUAAAUAUCAUCAUACUAGAGACAUAAUGUGCCAUUUUUUAAAGGUCAAGUUGCAUAGAUGAUAUAUCUGGUGAUAUAUUGCCUUUUUAAUGCUUUGAAAUGACAUUAAUUUCAGUUUACAUUUUUUUGUUGCAAUAGGUUCAGAUUACUGCUUUGAGUUUAAGGUUUGAUUUCGUUUAAUUAAACUAUUUUCAUUUUAACUUAAUUUGACCUUAAAUUUUGUUGCAAUCAUGUUUAUAAUAUAGUUUAAAUUGAAGUGUUUAUGGUGCUGAAUGUAAAUGUGAGAUGUAAUCAGUAUUAUUAUUUUAUCUUGUGCCAUCUCUCCUGUAUCGUCGAUAUCAAGGGGUUACCUCACUUUCGCUCUCUACACCCCUGGAAUAUGUCAUAGAAAAAUUGAAGGCACGCGGCUAGCUAUUUGAUUGUU